CGUUUACCCGGGAAUAGUCCUCUAAGAAACUGUUAACAUAUGCUUUCAAGAGACUUUAAAGUCGAUUUGGUCUCGAAGCGUUUAUAAAAAAAUCUGUGUAGGUAAAAUGUCACUGAGUGCCUCGUGUGAAUCGGUCUCUCAGAAGAGGACCCUGUCGAGCCUCCUCGCUGGGCGUGUGGUGAAGAGGCCGAAGCCGGGAGAGGCUGAGAGGCUGCAGGAGGAAACCCUGCAGCUGCUGGAGCAGCAGCAGAGCCUGGGCAGCCUGCUCAGGGAGGCGGGGAAUCCAGAUCUGUGCAACAUUUUCCACGCACAGAAUGGAGAACAGAAACAGACAGGGUGUAAUAGCGUCUCCUCUGCCAUCGCAGGGUCCCUGCUGGUGUGUGAGCUGAGGCGUCAGGCUGCACAGCUGGGGGUCCCGGUGCCGGUGCUGUCAGUGAAGAUGGUGCUGGAGAGACUGAUGGAGAUCAUUGGAGCUGAGGAGGUGAAGCAGCAGCAGGAGGAGGGCAAGAGGAGAGAGCUGCUCACUGCGGCUCAGAGAGAGCAGCUGUGUGUCCUGCUGGAGUCCAGCAGAGAGCUGCUGUCACAGGGAGCCCUCUGCCCCAAGCUGCUGUGGCAGGAGUAUAGGAGAGACCAGAGGCUGCCCCAGCUGGAGGUGGUGUACCAUCUUGACUUCUACAGCAUCGUCACUCUGAAGUACAUCACACAGAGUGAUGAAGGAGUGAGGCUAUGGGGGGUGUCUCAGUUGAAGGCUCUGUGCGCUUGGACACCUCCAACAGGAGAAGAGGAAACCAGACAAGUUCAACAGAAAGUGUUGUCAGCCGUGGUGGGAGUGUUGGUGGGGGCUGGCUUUGAGCAGAGCCCGGAGGCAGCAGACAGGAGGGGGUCUCUGCUGUGCUGCUCAGUGCUGGACCACAUACUCUUCUGGCUUCUGGACACUGUGGAGCAGAGUGAGACGCAGCAGAGUGAGACGCAGCAGUCUGCAGGAGCUGAGCGAUGGAUUCAGAUCUUUGAUGCUUCACUGUGUGGAGUUUCAGCCUCAGUGGAGACCCUGCAGCGUUUCUUCACACACUCACUGACACAGACUCUCACAUACAAGCCUCGACUCACAGUGUCAGACGCCAUCAGUCUGCAGAAUGAGUGGACCUUUGCUAAAGCCAGCCGCUUGCUGACAACUCUUUUCCGUAAGCUGGCAGUGAUGUUCAGUGUGCAGCAGCUGCUGGGUCACCUGCAGCAGGUUCUGGAGACCAACGAGGUGAACUGGAAACACGUGCUGUGCUUCCUCUCCACCCUGCUGGUCUACAACCCCGGGGCCCAGCGCAGCCUGACAGAGCUUCUGUCCAGGCUGCUGAGCUCGGCGUUUGAAGGCUAUGACCUGGAGAACAUGAUCACGCUCUUCCUGUUGGCUCGACAGGGGGCGCUGGAGGGGGCGGCCAUCUUCCCUUCCUACAGCAACUGGUUCAAGAUGUCUUUCGGGGGAGGCAGUGGUUACCAUGCCAGCAGCAAGAAAUCUCUGGUGUUCCUGCUGAAGUUCCUGUCUGACCUGGUGCCCUUUGAACCCCCACAGUACCUCAAGGUUCACGUCCUGCAGCCCCCCUACGUCCCCCUGAAGCACCGCAGCCUCCUGAUGGAGUACGUCUCUCUGGCCAAGACCAGAUUGGCCGACCUCAAAGAGUGUGUGGAGGACAUGGGUCUGUAUGAGGACGUUUCUGGUGCAGGCGGGGCUUCUCUGCAGCCGCAGUGCCAGGCUGUGCAGGACGUGGAGAAGGCGGUGUCUCUGUUUGAGAGCACAGGAAGAAUCUCUGCUACAGUCAUGGAGGCCAGUAUCUUCCGGAGGCCGUACUUCCUGACACGAUUCCUCCCUGCCCUGCUGACAUCGAGAACGCUUCCUGUCAAAGCCGACACUCGCAUGAGUUUCAUAGAAGCUCUGAAAAAGGUGGAUAAGAUCCCUGCUGCUCAGUUCUCCUCCUACGUGGAGUCCUGCCAGAGACACAGGCAGCAGGAGGGAAGUGUGGUGUGUGUGGACACCAAUGAGGACCCUCUGGACGUCCUGAAGGUUCACCUGCAGGAGUUCUCACAACUGGUUGUUGAGGGGAAUGAUGGAGAGAUGUGUGCCCAGCUGUCCAGGAUCUCACACACUCUGAGUGUCAUCUUCCCCGGCCGCCCGAACGAUCUGAUGGGACAGACAGUCGUCAAGCUUCACACACACACUCCUCUUUCCCCUGAGCUCCAUGUCCCAGUGGUCAACAUGAUCCUCAGAAGCUUCUGUCAGUGCCUGUUAGACGCUUCCAGAGAAAACCCUCCUAAUAAACAGAGCCUGUGGGCCUCCAGGUUUGUCAGCGUUCUGCUCAGUAACACGCAGCUCGUCUCCAGCCUUCUGCACAGACUCUGGGACCUGUUUCAUAACCAGGGCUCGUCACUGAGCUCUGCACACUCGCUGGGCCUUUCAGCCUUUGUGGUCCAUCUGCACGCCUCUAUGUCCCACAAUCCUCUGGUGCAGCUGGUCACGCCCAUUUCUCCUGAGCCAGUAUCUGUUGGAGCAGCUCUGAGCUGGGCGCUGGCCUGCAGCUCAGACUCUGACAUGCUGUUCUGUGUCAGGUUGUGUGUGGCAGCUGUGUGUUAUGGGAUGUGCAGAGGGGACUCACUGCCUCAGCAACAACAGCAGGACUACAUCAUAAGCAGCCUCUAUAAGAAGCUUCUGUACCUCAUCCCAAGACUGUUUCCUGAAGCCAGAAGAGCUCGCAUCACUGCUGGAGCUCCGGUGAGUGGACAGACGGAGGAGGAGGAGGAGGAUCUGUCCGGCCUGUGGAACAGAGCCUCACACAGCAGCAGCUGGAGGAACACUGCUUUGCAGCUGUGGAGACACCCAGCGUUCCAACAGCUGCAACACACAGCACAGUACCAGUUAUCGCUCUCAGAAUGGCUGGCCAAUGAGAUCAGAGUACAGAGAAGUGAAGACGCCUUGUCAGACUCCGAACGUCAGGAGUACCAGCAGUGGGCCUGCUCGGAACUCUACCUCCCCCGUGAGGUGGAGCAGGGAGGCUGUGGAGGAGAGACGAGGAUCCUCUGUUCUCAUCUAAUCGACGCCAUCAUGGGCCAGCAGUCAAGCAGCCAACCGACUGUGGAGAAGCUGGAUGAGAGAGCGUCAGAGAGAGGAAGCUGUCUGCCUGACAUCCUGUCCAGGUUACAGGAACUUGUCUAUGACAUGGAGGUGACUGCCCUCUCUGGUUGCCAUGGAAGCAGAUUCGAUAUUUGUAACUUCCUGUUUGAUCUGUUGUCUCAGAGAUGCUCCUUCACAGAGCAGAGCAUCAGCACUGCGCUCCGCUUACAACACACACUCAACGCAUGGAACAGAGUACUGCUGGCUCUCCCAGCAGUGUUAUUCCUGAAAGUGAAGUCUGAUAGAGGGAGGGAAACUGUUGAUUGUUGCUUGCUGAUGGAACAUCUCAACCUGCAUCAGAGGAAUGUGUGUUCUCCAGUCGGCCUGCUGUCCUUCAAUCUGACAUCACACUUCCUGAGGGGUGUGUUGUGUGCCAGUGUGCGCUGUGGGCACUCGAGGGAAGAAGUGAACAAAGCCUGGUCUCAGAUCAGUGUGCACUGUCCUCUGCUCCUGCUCUCCACCUUGCACUGGUGGCAGCGUCUCUCUCCCCUGCUGUCCUCCCUGUGGCGUGGUCUCACUGAUGGAGAGCCUCUCCCAGAGCAGCUGCAGCUCCUCACUGUGUGUCAGAGCUGGGCCUGCAGUCUAGAGAAGGGCCCGCCCCCCCCGGUUCCUGCAGCUGCUGCUCUACUGCUGGCUGCCAGUCUGCACGGGGCCUGGCAGGGCCGUGGGGGCCCCAACCAGGGCCUCAGUGCUUCCCUGCGAGAAGAGGGGGGCACGCGGAGUCAACAGGUUCUAGUUUUCCUGCUCUUCCUGUGUGUAAAGGAUCAUCUGUCAUCCCUCCUGUAUCCUGAGGAGAAGAAGAACCAGAGAGCUGCAGACUUCUGCACAGAGCUCCUGGGUGUGUUAGUGGACUCUGCUGACUGGCUGCUCCUCUUCAAAUCAGACGAUCAAGGUAUUUACCAGUCCAUCACCAUGGUAACAUCAGAUGAGUUUACCCGACUGAUGCCUUGGGCCUUUUUCAGCCUGCUGCUCCAGCAGAGUGCCGAGCUGCUGCACAGAGCUGUGUGUUGCCCUCUCUUCCUCCACACCACUGUCCUCUGCUACAUCCGGCUGCUGCAGCUUUUCCUGGAGGGACACACACUUCCCCCCGCUGACCAUCAGCCUUUUCAGAUGGUGAGCCACAGUAAGCAGUUUCUCCUGAGAACCAUCGCACAGACACCCCCCACAGCUCUGUCCAGCAGCCAACUCAGACAGCUGGAGGCCCAGGUGUCAGCGCUGGAUCCAGAGGUGUGGGCAGCUCUCUCUGUGCAGCUGGACCCCGACAGCCCGGAGAUGGAUUUCCUCUGAAGCUGCCCCCCUCCCUCCUGCAGCUUUGGAGGUGUCUCUCUGGAUCUGUUCUCAUGUUCUCCUACUUGACAUUUACAGGAACAUGUUCAUCUUGUUCACAUUUGACCAGUUAACACUCAUGUGGAAAAAAACAUUUUUAUUUAUUUUUGUAUACACAAUGAACGCACACAGGACUUUAUAAUACACAAACAUCUGAAGCCCUUCCACUGUUUACAAUACAGAUUCAAGCAUUGUAAUAACUUAAAAUGGUGAAAAAUCAAAUAGUUAUUGGAAGUCAUCCUGUGUGAGGAAGUUACACAAGAGCAUCACAAUAUUUUCAGCAAACCAAACCGUUGCAUUAAAGGACUGCAUUUAUGUCGGUCACACAGUGGUUUAUAUGCGACUCAGCUAUCAAUAAACUGUGUGAUGCAUAAUGUCCAGUCAUCAGAUCUGUAACAGGCACCAGGAGUAGUUUUCAAGUUAUAAUCCUUCAGAUUGUAACAAAAUCAAACCUGUUCUAAUAUUCAUUUGAUGCCAUUUUUUUCAUUCUGUAAUUAAAAAGUUAGGUUUGUUGCUGGAUUGUAAUUGGCCGCCUCUGAAACGAUGCAGCAUGCCUUACUGCUUCA